GGGCUCCUUGUAUCUCAGAUAAGGUUCCCAAAAAAUCUCAAAACUUAUUAUAUUUUUCCUCUCUGUAAUGGCUGCUAGUCUCUCAACAGCUUUAGAUGUCCAUUUUAGCAUACCACAAUCAGACACAAGAAAAACUUUUCUAUCCAGGGAAAACCAUUGUAGGAGAAGAAGAUUCUUCAUUGUCUCCAAAGCUUCCCCAAAGCUAUCUGGAAAUGAAUCGGAAUCGAAGUCUCAAAACCCAUCUUUAUCUGACCAGCUCAAGCGUCUCUCGACUACAACUCUCUCUCCUUCCUCCACCAAAGAUCAAACCCUAUCUUUGUCCAAGCCAAAAUCAACCUGGGUAAACCCCACCAAGCCCAAAAGGUCUGUACUUUCUUUGCAGAGGCAAAGGCGCUCUCCUUACUCUUACAAUCCUAAAAUUGGAGAGCUGAGGCGGUUUGCACAGAAGCUCAAUGACUGUGAUGUCAGUGCUUCUUUGGCUGUCCUUGAGGAAAUCUCACAGCAACCCACACGGCAGGAUGCACUUAUGAUACUUAACAGCUUGAAAUCCUGGGAAAAGGCCUACUUUUUCUUCAACUGGAUCAAGACCCAGAAUUUGUUUCCCAUGGAAACUAUAUUCUACAAUGUCACAAUGAAGUCUUUGAGGUUUGGGAGACAGUUUCAGCUCAUUGAGGAACUUGCAAAUGAGAUGGUAAGUAAUGAGAUUGAGCUUGAUAAUAUUACCUAUUCAACAAUUAUUACUUGUGCCAAAAGGUGUAAUCUUUCUGAUAGGGCUAUUGUGUGGUUUGAGCAAAUGUAUAAAACUGGUUUGAUGCCUGAUGAGGUUACUUACUCUGCUAUUUUAGAUGUUUAUGCGAAAUUGGGCAAGGUUGAGGAAGUACUUAGUUUGUAUGAGAGAGGGAUAGCUAGUGGGUGGAAACCUGAUGCUAUAGCAUUCUCUGUGUUGGCUAAAAUGUUCGGUGAGACUGGAGACUAUGAUGGUAUUAGGUAUGUUUUGCAAGAGAUGCAAUCACUUGGUGUGAAGCCUAAUUUGGUCGUGUACAAUUCAUUGUUAGAGGCAUUGGGCAAGGCUGGUAAGCCUGGCUUGGCUAGGAGUUUAUUUGAGGAAAUGGUCGACUCAGGCCUAGUUCCAAAUGAGAAAACUUUAACUGCACUUAUUAAGAUUUAUGGCAAGGCUGCUUGGGCAAGAGAUGCUUUGGAAUUGUGGGAGAAAAUGAGGUUAAAUGGAUGGCCAAUGGAUUUCAAACUAUAUAAUACGUUGUUAAGUAUGUGUGCAGACAUUGGUUUCGUGGAGGAAGCAGAGGGGCUUUUUGAGGAUAUGAAGGUAUCAGAGCAUUGUAAGCCGGAUGCUUGGAGCUACACAUCGAUGCUUAAUAUAUACGGCAGUGCAGGGAAUGAAGAGAAGGCACUUAAUUUGUUCAAGGAAAUGUCCGAGUUGGGUGUUGAGCUCAAUGUGAUGGGGAGCACUUGCUUGAUUCAGUGCUUGGGGAAGGCUCGGAGGAUCGAUGACUUGGUGAGAGUUUUUAAUUUCUCAGUUGAACAAGGUAUUAAGCCUGAUGAUAGGCUUUGUGGUUGCUUGCUCAGUGUUGUUUCCUUGUGUGAUAUGAACGAUGAUGUUGAAAAAGUCCUUUCUUGUUUGCAACAAGCUAAUCCGAACUUGGUUGGCCUUGUAAAGUUGAUUCAAGAAGAGAAAACUACCUUUGAGAUUCUUAAGGACGAGUUCAGGAGAAUUAUUGGCGACACAUCCACUGAAGCUAGAAGACCCUUUUGCAAUUGCUUAAUUGAUAUUUGCCGAAACAGAUGUUUCCAUGAGAGGGCACAUGAGUUGCUGUAUUUAGGAACUCUUUACGGGUUGUACCCAGGCUUGCACAACAAAACUGUGGAGGAGUGGAGUUUGGAUGUGCGUUCAUUAUCCAUUGGUGCUGCUCAUACUGCACUUGAAGAAUGGAUGGGAACAUUGGCCAAGUUCGUUCAACGUGACGAAGCAUUGCCCCAGUUGUUUUCAGCUCACACCGGUACAGGAACGCAUAAAUUCGCUCAAGGGCUGGCCAAUGCCUUCGCCUCUCAUGUGGAGAAGCUCUCAGCGCCGUUUAGGCUGAGUGACGACAGAGCUGGUUGUUUUGUGGCUACUCGAGAGGAUGUGGUGUUGUGGGUAGAAUCAAGAAUGCCUCCCACCAUUGCAACGCAAAAACCAGAAUAAUGAAACUGUAACUUCAAAUUCAGUAUCGUCCACCUUGUGUUUCAAUUGUUAAUAAUUUUGAGUAUGUUUUGCUGCUUGAAAGCCAUGGCUGGUCUUCCUGGGUUCGAAAUUCUCUCGAUGGCAGCUCUGUCCGGUCCAGUGUUACGAAAAGCAGUUCGCAAAAAUUGUGCUAGAGAACCCCCAAGUCAGCAUCAUUUUUAUGUUCUACAGUUUAUGUUCAUCCCUUGAAAUUUCAAUCGAGUGAAAGAUCCUAAUUUAUUAUUCAGGAUUUGGAUUUUAAACAAGCUACGA